AUGGAAUACUUAAGCAAAUUUUAUAUAAAACACAUAGAGAAAAAAAAUGAAGGUGAAUUUUAUGAUGAUAAAGUUAGAAAAAUAAAAAUGAAAAAUUGUUGUAAAAGAUGGAGUAACAAUAUGAAUAAUAAAAAUAUUAUGAUUGAUUACAAAAAAGAAAUUGAUAAAAAUUCUUUUUUGAAAAAUUUGGAGAAAGUAUGGGCACUUUUUUUUAAUGAAGAAAAAAAAGGAAAAUUACUUUUUCAUAAAGAGGAAGAAAAUAUUUAUUCUUUACCUAAUUUUUUAAUUAUAGAUAAUAUUAACAAUAAUAAUACUUCUAGUAAUAAUAAUAAUUGUGAUAAUAAUUUUGUAUUAGAUGAAAACAAUGAUAAAAAAGUAAAUACAAAUAAAAAUAUUUAUCUAAAUAAGAAGUUUAUUGAUAUCUAUCAUAAGCAUGAUAAUACUUACAGUUUUUACGAUAAAGAAAUAGAUGAUUUUUUAAUUUUACCAGAUAUUUUAACUAAUUAUAAUGAAGAAAUCAACACAAUUAAAAUAUAUGAUGAUAAUUUUAAUUUAAAGAGUAGUUUAAAAAUAAGUAAAAGUGAAGCGAGUGAAGAUAGUGAAGAAAAUAAUAAAAUUAAUGAAAAUGUUAAAACAAAUAUUUCAAAUAAUAGUAUCAUUAAUAAUGAAAAUGAUAAUAACUUAAGUUCUAAUGAUCAAAAUAUAGUAAGAAGUAAUCAACAAAAUGACCUGUCUGAUAAUGAUAGUAAAAAUUAA